UGCUGCAGUGAUCAGAAAUCGGAAAGUAAUAGGUCAAAUCGGGAAAACCCAGGAACUGCUCUUCUACUUAGCUCCGUGCUGUUGAACUUGAGAGGAUUACAAGUUGAACUUGAAUUCCUGUUUGAGUGAAAGGAUUAUUAAAGUGGAUAUACCAAUGCGCGCGUUCUGUAGUGCACCAAUUUAUGAGGAGUCCAGACGAAGCGUCAGAAGAAUCAAUCGGUCGUGUUGGAUGGAAUGCACUUGAAUCGUUUCGCGCUUCCUUUCGUGUGGUUUUUCGUUGUGCUUCCUGUUCCGAGAGUUUCUUGUCGUGCAAUACGAGGAAAUAAUAAACGAAAUGAAUUGAUGCAGUUCUGAGAGAAGAGUCAAGUUGUUUCACGUUGUUACACUGAAUAAUUGUUUUUCGCCCCAUUUUCUCGCCUCUUCUAUGAACUAGAUAAAAAUGUGCUCAAUCCAGACAUUCAUUGUGAUGUUUUUGUGAACCUGCGAUGUAGAGUGAUAUCGAGUGAGUUUUUUUUUCGUGACAUGAAUUAAAACCCAGAGGACAACAAUUUAGAUUGCUUUUGCCUGUCCAUCUGAGUCGUGGCAUGAAUACUAUUCUCGAGAAAAGGAAGAAUACAAAGAAAGGUUCACGUGAAUGGUACGGCAAAUGAAAACCGAGGAUCAUGUUCGUUGUUGAGGAAAAGGUAUCCUGUCAUCAUAUAUCAGUUUGACUCCUCGCUGGAUGUGGAUGAAGCAGAAAAUCAAUUUAAAUAAUUGGAGUAGUUUUUCCGGAUGUUUGUGGCUAUUCGGAAAGAUAACGAAAUUAAACCAUUGGGAUGUUACUCAGUGAGUUGGGAUGCCCUUAUGCAGUGAUUCGUUGUGUUGUUGGCGGGUAAAUUGAAUUAAAUCAGCAAAAAAAAAGUGAUCCCAGUGAUUCGAAGCUAGCUAUGCAAUUGAAUUAAGUUGGUUGUGUUACGAAGAAGCAAUGUCAGGAACAUAACAUUUUUAAAAUGAGCACAAAGAUGAACAUAUUUGCAUACGACACCGUACACAUCAGAGGAAAGUGAAUUUUAUCGUUGCUAGGUCGGUGGGACAGCAGUGUUUCUCUUCCGUAAUCUUAGCCGUACUGUGAGAGGUUCGCUUGGUGUUUACUCAACUCUUUACUAGGUAGAUAAUGAUUUUCCUAACUAAUGACCAACGACAAUAAAUCAUCACCCAAAGAGAAAAUAAUUCACCAGCAGGCAGCAUAUGCCACAACUAAUUUGAGGGUGUAACCGGACUGGUGGGAUUGAUAAACACAGGAAAAAUGAUACGCCUACCCCUCGUUGCCACCGGCAUCAGAAACGAUGAACAAUAUUAGCGCUGAGGAUGUCGCCAAUGCCAGCAGUUUUAUUAUUUCACCCACAUACUUCGCCACCGUCAGUGGCAGUGAUCCCACCGAGGCUCUGCAACCGGACGUCUCCGAAUAUGGAAAUCCUACGAAGCUGAUGGAACCAUGGGCCUACACGGCAUCAGCGAUAACGUUGUUCUUCAUCGGAUUUUUCGGCUUCUUCCUCAACCUGCUGGUGAUUGUGUUGAUGUGCAAAAAUGCUCAGCUCUGGACCCCAAUGAAUAUCAUUCUGUUCAAUUUGGUUUGUUCGGACUUCUCUGUCUCGUUCAUUGGAACUCCAUUCACGCUAGUGUCAGCUAUUGCCCACCACUGGAUAUUCAACAGAGAGAUGUGCGUGACGUACGGAUUUUUCAUGUCCCUCCUAGGAAUAACGUCGAUCACUUCGUUAACGGUGCUCUCGUACGAACGUUUCUGCCUGAUAAGCCAACCAUUCUCUGCCCGGAAUCCGACACGCCGGGGAGCCGUCCUGGCGAUUCUCUUCAUAUGGAGCUACUCAUUUGCCUUAACCUCGCCGCCACUGUUUGGCUGGGGUGCGUACGUUAUGGAGGCAGCUGACAUCAGCUGCUCCGUCAACUGGGAAUCCCAAACAACGAAUGCAAUGACUUACAUCGUCUUCUUGUUCAUUUUUGGCCUAAUCGUGCCACUGAUAGUAAUCAUCUAUAGCUACGCCAACAUUGUGAUAAAAUUAAAAAGGAAUUCAGCUCGCAUGGGGCGAACCAACCGCGCGGAAACGCGUGUAACAUCGAUGGUAGCACUGAUGGUGAUAGCCUUCAUGAUAGCCUGGACACCGUACUCCGUUUUCGCGCUGCUCGAACAAUUUGGCCCGUCGGAAGCGGUAACCCCAGCGAUGGCCGUCCUGCCGGCACUGAUAGCCAAAUCGAGCAUCUGCUACAACCCCAUCAUCUACGUGGGCAUGAAUACCCAAUUCAGGGCGGCAUUCAAGCGGGUGCGAAACAACGAUUCCCAGGACAAUAAUACCACUACCAACCACCAAGAUCCACUCACCAACACCAGCAAGGAGCUUACGGAGUGCAGCUUCCGACUCUGCCGGAAGAGACAGCGGUUGAAACUCAUGCUGCGGCGCGACAAAUUUUGUCACGCACCAAUUGGAGGGGAGCGAAGCUCCUCGACCAAUAUGGGAGCAGAAAUGUCGUGUCACCAAGUGCACUCAAUGCUGAACACCAACGCCACCAGUGAUAGCAUAGCAGUCAGCAACAGCGCAAGAAAUGUGAUACGGCCAGACUUCGAACUAUCUGUGAUUAAUACCGGAAAAUCUAUUCUAAUCAAGACGAACACCUUUAGGUCCAACCUAGUGUAAUAGAGAGAAAGCUGUCGAAAGUAGCACUCCGAAACGACGAGAACAAACCCAAACAAGGAAAAUAUUCAGGGAUAGAAUACCGACGGUAGGGCGGAAUUUGUACCACAUAAGUAGUUACGAGUAUCGAAAGAACACAUCGAAAAUUACAAACUUCAAGGGAGGAAAUUUUACUACAGAACCAGAAUCAUCGCGGAAAGAAAGAGCCCUCUUUCUGCGAUGAAAAUCGAGCGGAAACUGAAAUACUAUAUCAUCACCAUUUGUAUAAAAUCUACGACGAGUCGAUGAACUUUCAUUACACGUCUUGAAAAUCAUUACUUGUUCAUAGUUAUCAAUCUGAAGCCAGGUUUACAACAUUAUUUUGUAUUCCGCAAUCUUGUAAACAAAAUGUAUGUUACUCUUAUAGUGUCAAUAGCUGUAGAUCGAUUUUCAGAUCAACUGUAGAAUUAAGUCUUGCUCACGAGAACAAACGAAUUUAGUAUGAGUUCCUGGAAAGUUUCUUCACCAUGUUACUAUCUGAUGGUAGAAAAGUGAUUCAUUUUUCAACAACGAUCAUCAUAAAUUUAUUUCUAUUUCUGAUGCAAAAAAAUGAAAUAAUACAGUGAAAAAUUACUUUCACAAGCAAGAAGCUCCAGAAGUGUACCAAGUACAAACUAAUAGUCGAUAUAAUUUCAGUAUUGGCCGUGCCCUCGUCUUUGCAAGAUUAUCGCAGUCAGAAACGCACGUUUCAGACAUUGGCUCUUGAGAAUGGUUCAACACUUUCAGAAUAAUCAGGGUAUUAAGAGAGAUCUAGUCUAGAAAAAAAAAGCCUGAGACUCGAUUUCAUGACGACAAAGGUUCAAUUAAGUGUCACGAAGCUCUUGGUCACUCUACUUUAAAAACAACGAUCGGAUCGAUUAAGAACGAAUCACAGUUACGAAAUAAACUGAUCAACCAACGUGAAUAACAUACACCCCCAUUUGAAAUCAAAGUGUUUCAAUAUCGAUUUUUUCAACUUUUCGGUAUACUUCGCAAAAGUAGGUAAUUAGUAAACCAUUUUUCCAUUUCAGUAUCGUUGAUUCAUUUUGACGUAGGACUACGUCUUAAAUUUAUGUUUCCCCUUGAGCUGUGAAUGUUAAUGAAUAUUUCAUUUGUGCAUCUGACAUUGCAAUUACCACAACCAUCCGAGCCAUGGCAAAGCAAGCGAAAAAAGAGAAGAGUGCAAAUUAUUAUAGGUCGCUUCUAGCCAUCAGUGUUCAGCAUUGAGUGUGUUGCUUGUUUUUGUUGCGCGAAACUGCCAGAAAUAUUUGCUUUCGUGUGCAUCAGUUUUGCAACAAGCUUCUAGCUAAUAUUCAAAUUGGUAAACAAGUUGAUUGCAUAAUAUAAUUGCGUAGUUCUACGUCGGAAAUGCGAUCGUGUCCUAGAUACAACCCAUUACAAUAUUUUUUUUACUUCCCGGAUGAUUAGGGUGUCCGUUCUUGCACCGUUGUUACGUUUCUGUCCUCUUCCCGGUCAAUCGGCCACGCUGCCGUGCACAUGAUGCUUCUGAAUGACCAGCCGGACCACACCACGGCUUACACCAUACUUCUCAGAAAUGUUUCGUUGAGACCCCUUACGAUGAAAAUCAUACACACUCAAAUUUUGAACCUGUUUUGAGAUUUGCUUUUCACUCUUUUUCUGCAAGUUUCCUCAGCAACAAAAACGCGCCACUACGCACGAGAAGUUGACUAAAUA